AUGGUACGUUUAAAUGUUGAUCAGAUGAGUCGAUCGGUUAGUCCGGUUAAUCCAGGUGCUUUUCCAACACUUAGUAUAACACUUUUAGGCAUUGGAAUUUUUUUAAUGGCUUGGUUUUUUGUUUAUGAAGUAACGAGUACAAAAUAUACACGUGAUUGGAAAAAGGAACUUCUGAUUGCUCUUAUUGCAUCGAUUUUUCUUGGUUAUGGUGGUUUAUUUCUUCUUUUAUUAAACAAAAAGAAAAUGCCUGAAAUAAUUGGUGAUUAUCAGUAUAGCAAACGGGAUUUGAUCGGACAUGGUGCUUUUGCUAUUGUAUUUCUUGGUCAUUCGAGAUCUAAUCCUGAACAACUUGUUGCUGUAAAACAAAUAACAAAAAAACACUUGGCAAAAUCGCAAAGUUUACUUGAAAAAGAAAUUAAAAUUCUUAAAGAAUUAACAAAACUUAAACAUGAAAAUCUAGUUGCAUUACUUGAUUGCAAAGAAUCUCAAAAUAAUGUAUAUCUUGUUAUGGAGUAUUGCAAUGGUGGUGAUCUUGCGGAUUAUCUUCAAUCAAGACAAACACUUAGUGAAGAAACAAUUACUAUAUUUUUUCAGCAAAUAGCUGCUGCAAUUAGUGCUUGUCAUGAACAUAGUGUUGUUCAUCGAGAUUUAAAGCCUCAAAAUAUUCUUUUAUCAUAUCCAGAUAAAACUAAUCCACGUGUACAAGAUGCCAUACUAAAAAUAGCUGAUUUUGGUUUUGCAAGAUUUUUAUCUGAUGGUGUUAUGGCAGGAACAUUAUGUGGUUCUCCAAUGUAUAUGGCACCAGAAGUCAUUCGAUCAUUACAAUAUGAUGGAAAAGCUGAUUUAUGGUCAAUUGGUACAAUAAUGUAUCAAUGUUUAACAGGUAAAGCUCCAUUCCAAGCUCAAACACCACAAGCACUUAAACAAUAUUAUGAACGAAAUGUUAAUUUGUCACCUGUAAUUCCAUCAUCAACAUCACCGGAAUUAACAGAUUUAUUAAAACGAAUAUUAAAACGUAAUCCAAAAGAACGUAUUGAUUUCCAAGAAUUUUUUAAUCAUCCAUUUUUAAGAAAAAAUCAAUCUGUAAAUAUAUUACAAACAUCAAAUUUAAAUGUAAUUAAUUCACCAACAUUAUCAGACAAAACAUGUUCUCAAGGACAAAAUCUUAAUGAGAUGAAUUCUCGACAAUUCAAUCGUCAAAUUGAAACAAUACCUGAACAUGAACCAGUUACAUUACCAACAGUACAAUCAAAAAAUACUAAUAAACAUCAUUCACCAUCUCUUGAUACAAAUUCACCAAUAAAUACAAAUAAAUCUCCAGUUAAGCGUCCAGUAAAUCAAACAAAUGCAACUAAAACUGACACAUUUUCACACAUUCCAGAACAAGGUACUACUGAAAAAACUCUUCUUUCUGGUAAUCAUACAUCAUUUGCUCAAAUUUCACGAGAUAAACGUACAAUUCAAGAACAACAAGCUGUUGGUACUUUAAAUCAAACAGAACCAUCAUCAUUACGUUCAGAUAAUCUUACAUUAACACCCAUUGAAAAUACUAAAAAGACACGAACUUCCAGUAUUACACAGCCAAUACCUGUUCCAACGCAAGUUCAUAAUUUUGAAAAAAUGCAAGAAUCAAGAGAUAGAACCAGAAGUUUCGGUGGAACAGCGACUGGUAGUCCACAUGGUAGUCCGUAUGAUGACCGACGCGUAUCUAUAGAUCGUCUUCGUCAAGCAAGUAUUGCUUCGUCUAAUUCUGAUCUUGCCAAUUCAAUUAGUCCACCUACUGUACGAUUUACAAUUGAUACAGCAGCUAUUGCAGCAAAUCCAUUGAAUUUAUCUCCAGCAACACGUAAAAAAAAUCCAGCAGAAUCAUCGAAAACAAUGAAAAAUUCAAGUUCUAAUUCAAGUCUUACUCAACAAUUCAAUUCGAAAUUAAAUCUUGAUACAUCUCCUCUUAAGUCACAACAAAAAUUAAUUGAUAUCAAUAAUCCACAUGAUCGUCUUUUUGAACAAGAAAAUAAUAUUGAACUUUUUACGAAAAAUACGGAUCAACUAACAACACUAGAAUCAAAUCAUCGACGUGUUACUGCUAUUUUUGGAGAUUCAAAACCUGAAGGUUAUUAUUAUGAACCUCAAAAAAUUACUGAGGAUACAUUAAUGAAUGUAAGUUUCAUUUUAAUCCAUUACCA